GAUACGAAGACUGGAUCUUCGAUUCUAUUGGUUCGCUGCCUGUCAAUCUUCUUAAUCUGAACCUGACAAAUCAAAUGCGUUUCAAAAACUAGGAAGAACUUCAUUCAGUCGCCUGAGAUGAGUGUCUACGGUGUCUGGUGCCCCUGUCCAGGUCGACUUUGUGGACAAAUAGAUGUCGUUUCAGUAGAGUUCUCCGUAAACUGACCCAGUCCCACCUACAGUAUACUCGUGGUAUUCGUAAGGGGAGUCACGUGACAGAAUGGAGGAUAAUAUUGAGGUGCUUCUUCAAGAUCAUACCCCGCGUUUUAGAAAUAGCAGCCACCUCACCUUAGCGAUUGGGACAGUAUUCACGGGAGUUUAUGGGAUAUGGGCCAUGUUCGUUCUGCCUGGUUUUCGGCGAGUGCCCAUCAGGCUAAAGGUGCCUUUCAUGCCCUCUCCGGAACAGCAGACUCAGAAUGUUUUGAAGCUGCUGAAGGGUCGGAGAGGCCAGCUGGCAGACUUGGGGUCAGGAGAUGGCCGUCUGGUACUGGGAGCCCACACCAUGGGUUUCCAAUGCACAGGCUAUGAGAUCAACCCCAUGCUGUUGGCCUACUCAAAAGCACGCGUCUGGUGGAGGGGCAUCCCCUCCACACACAUUCGCUUUCUAAAUCAGGACUUUUGGAAGACUGACAUGUCUAAAUACCAGAAUGUGACAGUGUUCUUGGCACCUGCUGUGAUGGAACAGCUGGAGCAGAAGUUGAGGGCAGAGCUUCCCCCGAAUGCUAGAGUGGUCGUCUGCUGCUUCCCUUUCCCUAAUUGGCUGCCCAGCUGUGCACAGGGGGCCGGGCUAGAGCAGGUCUGGGCCUAUGACAUGCCACCAAGAUCUGAGUAAAGCACUGGGACAGCCCCAUCAUCACAAGUCUAAUGGAACACAUACCACUCAAUCCCAACCCCACUGGAAGCUAUCAUCCAGUCCCAAGUCUAAUUGAACACACCAUCAGCCACAACUCUGAUGGAACACAUACCACCCAAUCACAACCCUACUACUGGAAGCCAGCCACCAAUUACAAGUCUACUGGAACAAAUACCACCUGCAGCAGCCUUUCUGUGAGGCGUCCAGCCUACAAGUGCUGGGAGACUUUCAGCCACUCAUAGUCCAGAGAGAUCAGGUCCGGCUCCACUGGUCUGUUUCCACAGCUUUCAUCAUCUCUGAGAGAAAUAGAUAGAUAGAUAGAUAGAUAGAUAGAUAGAUAGAUAGAUAGAUACUUUAUUGAUCUCCAGGGGAAAUUCAAUAAAUGACCCAAUUACCAGAGGACUGAGAUUAAUGAUGACUAAAUAAUCACUGCACACUGCACUGAGUAAGCGAGCGCCUGUUUCCCUCCAGGAGAUUGCAGGAAAUAAAUAAUGAAUAAAUAAA